CUAGAGAACGAGUCGUGCACCACCGAAGUUGCACAAGUUGUGUGUUGCCUCUUGGCAGUUGUAAUGUCAGUCGGUGCCACACAGUGCUGCUAAUGCUUGCACAACAUUAGCUAGCACCAUCAGAGACUCUUGCUGGCAGUAUCAGUGGAGGAAUCAGUAUGGAUGCGCUCUUGGUGUUCCUACUGCUGCUGGUACCACUCCUGCUAUGGACCAGCAGCACUUUUGUUUUUUAUUUUAAAAAGUGUUUCUACGUGGCCUAUAUGAUGAUUUUGGCUGCGAUUGCGAUUCCGCUUAGUAUUCUGAAAAGCGGCGGCAGGGACAUCGAAAACAUGAGGGUGAUCCGCGCUCUGGUUCGUCACGUGAAGUACUUCCUGGGUCUAAGGUUUGACGUGAGCGGCUUGGAACACCUGCAGACAGAGGGACCCUACGUCAUCAUCUCCAACCACCAGAGCUCCCUGGACGUACUGGGUCUAAUGGAGGUCCUCCCAGAUCGCUGCACCAUGGUUGCCAAGAAGGAGCUGGUGUACGCUGGCACUGUGGGCAUCGUGUGCUGGCUGGGCGGCAUCGUCUUCAUCAACCGCAAGAAGACAAGAGACGCCAAGAGUGUCAUGGCCGAUGCUGCCAAGACCAUGCUGGAUGACCAGAUCCGUCUGUGGGUGUUCCCGGAGGGUACGCGGAACCAGAGGGGCGACCUGCUGCCCUUCAAGAAGGGAGCCUUCCACCUGGCAGUGCAAGCGCAAGCUCCUAUCAUUCCCAUUGUGUUCUCCUCCUACAGUAACUUCUAUCUACGGAAAGAAAAGCAGUUCAACUCAGGGACCAUCACACUGAAGAUCCUUCCGAAGAUUGAGACGAAGGGCAUGACGUCAGACGACGUGGCCGACCUCUCCGACAAGUCCUACGACCUCAUGCGCUCCGUCUUCCUAGACAUCUCUGGCUCUGCCCCCGUAACCCAGAGCAACGGGCCCUCCUUGCACCACUAAACAUGAACAACCUCCCUCCUCAUUUUCCUGUCCAAGACACCAAACUCUUCCCCCCCCUCUUCUCUCCCCUCCACAUAGUCCCAGCUCCCUCCCUUCCUACUCAAAUAUAUUGGCACCCUCGCACUUUACAAUGGCGCAGAAUGUUCUGUUUUCAAAACUGGUUGAAUGGCUGUCUUACCCUUAAGGCACCUGCAACUUACCACGGGUGAGAGAAAUUACACCGAAACAAGACAAUUGCUUCCAACCAACCAAAUUAAUUUUUAAUAAUUUAGGUCAGGCAAUCUUUUUUUACUUUUGAAGUGAAAAAUCUCAAUUUUAGAAGAAAAAUGUAUUGGUCCUGUGCAGUUGUAAAUCAAACAAAUACAUGUGUGUACACCAAAUGUUUUUAAAAUGUCAACUUAUCUUAAAAGACAUAGUGAAUCGUGCAAGGGUGCCAAUAUAUUUGAGUGUAUCUCUACCAGGACAGAACGCACACACCGGGUCUACGUCAUGAACUCUUCUCUGUUUUCUGAUGUGUUGGCCUGGUCCAGGUUGGUUCCUGGUCUGACCCAGCCUAGUACAUUCCAGCCCUGACCUCUCACUGCAGCAGCUCUGUUUGAUCUGCAGGUUAGAAUGGUAUGGAUGUGAUGUGGGUUCAUCAUGCAUUCCUUUUGGAUAGCUCUGUUGUCCACCAUUUUGUUUUGUUUAUCUGUUUUUAAGUGGCUUUAUGGUUGUCUGAUUUUAUGGCAGUAGUUGUGCUUUCGCUUGUUUCCCUCUCCCUUCCUCCGGCUUGACUUUAGAUUUUCGUAAAUGUCGCCAGUGGAUAUUUGUACCUUCUUCUGGUGCUGCCUAACCUUUUUUCUUAAUGCGCUCUCAGACACGCACAACACACAACCACCCUGCUUUAACAUGCACACACAACAGUUCCCCCUGCUCAACACCACAUCCCACCCAACCCCAGUGUAUCCUCCCCUGUUCUGCAUU